CAAAAGGGUAUACUUUUCUCAAUAACUAUCAUUUCCCCUUUACUUCUUUUACUUUUUUUCAUUCAUUCCCAAAUCCCACUACAUCACAUAGCUUCUCCUCUCACCCUUAUAAUUCUCUUCUCAAUUAUGGGGCGGCACCCAUGCCCGUUCCCACUUACACUUACUCUUCUUAUUCUGAUUAUACUAUCCAUUUACACAAUACACAAGGAUCCGGAAACACUCAAUUCAGGUCAAGUUUUUAAACGGAGGAAGCUAAUCGGGCCAGGAUCAUGGCCACCUUCAUGUAGAUCCAAGUGUGGGAGUUGCACACCGUGUAAAGCAGUACACGUGCCGAUUCAACCUGGUGUAAGCGUGCCAUUAGAGUAUUAUCCUGAAGCUUGGCGUUGUAAGUGUGGGAAUCACUUGUACAUGCCUUAGCUUAUUAAUUAAUUCUAAACCAUUUCUUUUUUUUUUUUUUUUUUUUUGCUAGGAAUUUAGUAGUUUUUAUCGAUGUAACAUAAUUCGCUUUUUUAUUUAAUUUGCAAGGAGAUUAAUCAAUCAUAUUGAUCUUAUUGUUAAUUAAUUAAUAUUAUUAUUAUUAUUAUUAUUAUUAUUAGAAGUGUUAUUGUUAUUAUAAUUAUAUUAAUUAUAAUUAUAAUUAUGUAACUAGCUAGUUUGUAGAAGAGAAAUAAAUUAGUAUUGUGUACUCAAAAUUUGAUGAUGAAACAAAAUCAGGAGUGCAAUUAAUGUUAUAUAUUUUCUCUUUCUCUUUGGUUUGUUUGUUAUACAGUAGAGUACUCUUAGUACAGCUGCUACAGUAUUUAUUU